AUGGGCAGCCGGAGAGGAGCCUGGAGUCCUGACAAGCCAGAGAGGCCGGCCGCACUGCCCGAGGAGGUCGUGGGGGAGGGGGGAGCAAGCUGCCCGCCUCCCCGAAAUGGCGCCGAGGGUUCUGCCACGCUGGGAAGAGGCCUGGAUGCCCCGGAUAGGCCGCACAGAGCCGCAGCGUCCAGCUCUCCCCUCCGCCAGGAAAGACUGAGGCCAGACUACCGAGGAGGCGCGCAGGGAGGGCGGGGCGGGAGCGGGGAGGAGCCUCGGGCAGAGACACCUGCGCCCCUCCCCCAGCCUCUGCCGGGGCUCGGAGAGAGCAGACGAGGAGCUUGGGAGGGCCCGCGGGGAGGGCGGGGAGGGCGCUCUGUGGGCAGCGCCCGGCCUCCGCGAGAAGGGCACCGUCGGGGUCCUGACGCCCUGCGGGCCCGUGCCGUGGGCGGCUCGGAGAGGCCCUAUCCCGGCUCUACGGCAGCGCCGCACGUGGUGGCCACACAACACGCACGCAGGACGUACGCAGACGGCCUGCGUGGGUCUGCAGGUGUGCGGAGCCAGACAGUGCAAGAGACGACCCCGAAGAUCCCGAAGGCCCGCCCUCGCCCGCCUGCCCCGCGGGGAUUGGCCAUCGUGAAGCCGGGGGCGGAGCCUCUGGAGGGAGCUCUGGGCCCUCCGGCCUUGUCCCUACAGCCCCGGGGCAGAGCCAGAAUGUGCCCUAAAGAGGGAGCAGCUUCCCGCCGCUGCGGAGGAGUCUGUUUGUUAAACCUCCGCAGGGAGCGGGCAGCGUCCGCACCCCGGAAUGGCAAAUGCUCCAAAGGCGGCCCCAAUCGCCGCCCGUCCGGCCAGCUGAGGACGCAGCCUUGGGAAGGUUCUGGGCAAAAGCCUAAGAAUGAAGCCGAAUCCUAA